UCCAGAACAUCAACUACAUCAACAACGACAUCAACAACCGUAACGUCAACUCAGACUCCGAAACAACAAAAGACGCCCAAGUUAACGCCAUCCACCUUGCAGCGUAUACAAGGUGCUUUUAGUAAAAUUUCCAAUAAGGUAUUUCAUUCCGGUGGAUCUGCUAAUAAGAAGACCUACGACGAACGAAUGAUAGAGAUCCUAUUGACGAAGAAAGAGAGAGAAGAGAUGGAGAAGAAGGAGAGAGAAAUGGCUCACAAACAAUGGGAGGCAGAAAAAUCGGAGCUUAGCAGUUUCAAGAGGAGGAAUAGUUACGGGGGUACUGGAACCAGGAAAGAAUUUAAUAAGCCUAGGACAGCAUUCCAUGAAAAACAACAAGCCAAUAAGCAUUCCGUGGAACAGAGGCUGGAACACCAGCGUCUGGAGUUUGAAGAGUAUCAGAGGCAAUUGAAGAUGAAACAUGAAAGUGAUUUUCAGAGGGUUAAUUCAUUGAGAACUUCAAAGAGUCAACAGAAUUUAUUGAAAACCAAGUUGAAAUCUCUACAAUCGGAACAAAAACAAGAAUCUAUAAGUCAGCAGAACAGAAAAUCCAUGGAGAACCUUAGCCAGUUGAAGAAAAACAUUGACACCAAACUGCAGACAGCCGAACAGAAUGCUCUCAUGAAGAAAGAGGAUAGUAAAAAAUCUAAGGAGGAUUUACAUAGUAGGGCAGAGCAGUCUCGAUUACGUGUGUUGCAAUUGGAGGAGGAGAUGAGGAUGUACCAAAUGGAACUGUUGCAGUUCAACGAGAAGCAAUUGCAACAUGCUGACCACCUCGCGAAGAGAAGACUAGCCGAGAAGAAGGAAGCAGCAUGCAAGGAAAGACUGGAGAAGGAAAAAAUUCAUCGUAACAAUUAUAAAAGAUUGGCAGAGGAGGAAGACAGAAGGAACGCCGAGAUGGAGAGGAUGAUAGCAUCGAAGGAUCUCAAAGUCGAGCUACUCAUGAAAGAAAAGCAGGAGGCAAUAGCUAGGAAUCGAGCCAAGGCGCAGGCUUCGCAGAUGAUGCGUGAGCAAGUACGCAACAGCAGUAGUCUCCAGACGACGGUCAAAAGGCUGAACGAUCUGCAAGACAGACAGCAACACCUCUUCAACUACACCUACACCAGCAACAACAACAACAGCAGCAGUCUAUACUACCAACAACCGCAACCAAAAAAACUCGGCAACGGUAGCGGCAGGUCUUCUGAGACUAACUCUUUAUUCUCUUAUGCAAUUUCACCGUCUCAGCAACAGAACCAACGCAACACUUACACUGAAAAUUCUAAAAAUAUUGAUGAUUCCUAUAACUUCGACGCCAGUGACGAUGCCAAUGACACCUUAACUUUUAGAAAUAACUCACUGAAAUAUACGCGCGACGGCUGUGAUGAUUAUGAAGAUCAAAAUGUUGAUGACGACCUCAAUGAUUACGACUUGAACGCUUACAAUGACGAUGUUAGCUACAGAUGAUACCGCUAGCAGAACUUACGAAGAAUUUGGCAAUUUGAUUUAGAAAGACGGCUGUAGAGAUAAGACUUGUUUGGUGUAAUUAUUUUGAAUACAUUUGAAGAAAUGAGAUAGAUGUUAUUAUGAUCCCUAAGAUAUUGUUAUAAUGUACUAUUGGAGCGCUUGAUGUUUUGAAACGCAAUCAAAAUUGUAUGAAAUUUGUAUCUAUAUUAAAUUUUAAAACUUACACACAUGCUUACUUAAAAGUACAGAUAUCUUACUACAUUUUAACUGAAAAUAACCAUAGGGCUUGUUGCAUUUUUAAAUAACUCGCUAUUAUUUUGAGUAGGUAUUUGCUUGGUUCGUUAUUUGUAAAACAUUUCAGAAAAAUGAACUGAAAAGUUGUUCAUCGAUAAAA